CUUCGUCCUCCUCACACCGCGAGGUCUACGAAAAUGGCCGUUCGACAGCGGUUGCUACCCGCCCUGCGGAUGCUGCCAAAGAGGCAGAUUCGAUCUUUUGGGUUUUCCAAGCCCCCUGGGAAUUCUCCACCGAUGCAGGACUACAUACCCAUGCCCUACAUCGAGGAGACAUCGGCGGCAGGCCGAAAGACAUGGGACAUAUUCUCCAAGCUACUGCAGGAACGUAUCGUCUGCCUGAAUGGUGAAAUCAACGACUACAUGUCCGCCUCUAUCGUCGCACAGCUCCUUUGGCUCGAGUCGGACACCCCCGAGAAACCAAUAACAAUGUACAUCAACUCGCCCGGCGGGUCCGUCACGUCAGGCAUGGCCAUUUACGAUACCAUGACGUACAUCAAGUCGCCCGUCUCGACCGUCUGUGUCGGUGGAGCUGCAUCCAUGGCGGCGAUACUGCUCGCUGGUGGUGAGGCGGGACAGCGGUACGCGCUGCCACACAGCUCCAUCAUGAUUCACCAGCCUUUGGGUGGCACGCGCGGCCAGGCAUCGGACAUUCUCAUAUAUGCCAACCAAAUCCAGCGGAUACGCGAGCAGUCCAAUAAGAUCAUGCAGCACCAUCUCAACAAAGCCAAGGGCUACGACAAAUACAGCAUCGAGGAGGUCAACGAUAUGAUGGAACGUGACAAGUACUUGAGUGUAGAGGAGGCGCUCGAUCUCGGCGUUAUUGACGAGAUCCUGACCAAGAGGACAGACAAGGAACCGAAGAAAGAGCAUUCGGCAGCGUCCUCAUCUGGGCCGGACUCGUCUUGAAACCCUUGCUGCUAUUCGAGAUAGCAGCAUUCGCAGUCGCCGCCGCGGGCUGCCGUGGAUCCAUGGAC